AUAGGCUGUGUUCAUGUCUGCGUUUACUUACCAUAUCAAGAUUACUCUUCAUGUGCCUGGAGUUGUAAGUAGGUAAUUUCAAUAACAGCAAUUGUCUGCAUGUACAAUGCUACAGGGAGCAGAAUGUUAGCUUGGAAACCUGGAUUAAUAGUCCCAGGUGGUUAGGUUUUCACCUAGGUUACCACAGAAGUGUUUGUUCAUGGCUCUCGUUCCCUACUUUAGGUAAUCGAAAACAAAAUUGGUUCACACUUUAACCUUUUUUGUUUUAUUUGUUCCACAAUAUAUGCAUGUUUAUUUUACUCAUCAGUACACGUAUUGGGUUCAUAUUGCCAGUCUUUUCUUACUCUAUUACACUGUGGACUACAUAAGCAUAGGGAAAUCUCUGAGGAGUAUUGUGGGUGUUCUUUUUUUUUUAGUUUCAGAGUUAAUUUGAUUAUAUGUCAUCAACAUCUUGGACUAGUAGCUUAGCUGCUAAUAAGUGUCAUAGCACACUGUAAAACAAAACAAUAAUUAGAAGAACUUUGGAAAACAUCCCGAGGAUCUAAUGAUCUUAAUGAAAUGCAGUGUUUGUAGGUUUCACCAAAGCAUUUCUUUACAGUUCUGCACUGUUCUAAAGUAAAUUAAUUAUUUAGGAAAUUAAAGGUACAUUCCAACUACAGGUUUUCCUAAUAUGUCGAUGUAGUAUUUGCAACAUUUCAUCCAAAAGCAUAUAUGACUAAAUUUAAACAUAAUUCUCUAAUAAGCAGCUUGUCAUUUGGAAUUUGAAGACAACAUUACUAUAGUUCAUUAGUUACACUUUAUUUGCAUCUGGCAAUUAGUUUGAUUCAGUGACUCUUGUUGUGGUGUAAUUAACCAUUAUCCUAAUUAAAAGAACCAUAAUCAACAUGUAUGUGCAUGUUUCUUGCUAGUUCCCAGCGUUCCUACUGUUGUAUACCUUGGAAGCAAUGAAGUGGUGAAGAGCUGAUGACUCGAUUAUAAGGACGGCUGCUAAUGAUGCCUGAAUGAGUGUUAUACACAUCCAAAUCCUACGUAUUUUAGAAGUUCCAGAAUUUGUUUUAUUGUCAGUGUUCUACCUUGUAAACUUUUUAUUUACAUUGUAUAAUGAACAGCAAGAGAAUUCAUAAUGUGCUCAAAUGAAUGCUUGUGACAUUUCUUUGCUACUUGAUGUAAAUUGAUUAUAUGUAUUAAUCGUAGCUCGCAUAUAAAUUCUACACGUAUGCGCUACUAUAAUAAGCAUUUCUGGUAAGGCAAGUUCCUUCGUAAUGAUAUUUGCCGCAAAAUGGAACAGGAACGCCCAAUGACCACAUCUUUCCGUUCAAGAUGUACGCCAGUUUAUUUAUAUGCUGAGACUAAACAACAUCCUGUCCCUUUAAGGGGUUUACUGUACACGCACAAGCUGCCCUCGUUUUAAAUCUCUGUCACUCUCGUGGUCAUUUCCGGCACGCACGCCUACGCAGAGGAAGCAGCCUAUCAGCGCGCGGCGCACGUUACGAGCGUUCUCGACGAUGAGCUCAUCCCCGAUGUGGGAUGACGUCAAAUACAAAAUGGAUGGAAUCACGACGGCCACACGCUCGGUGCAAUUCUAACAUCGGCGCCCGUUGUAGGCUGUCCCGGGCGCCGAAAAGAAGUCGAAAAGGUGAGUUGAAAUACUACGUGACUCCGGCCGCAGUUGCAGAUGCCGCUCGCGUUGUCCCGUUAGCCGCCGUCCUGGGAAAAGCGGCCUUUCCUGACGUAACUCUGAGCAACGAUGGAGAGCUUGGUCCAUUACAUUAAUCCUGCCCAUGCCAUCUCCCUGCUGGGGGUCCUCAAUGAGCAGCGCCUCAAGGGUCAGCUGUGUGAUGUCAUCUUGAUUGUAGGAGACCAGAAAUAUGAGGCACACAAAAAUGUUCUCGCUGCAAGCAGUGAGUACUUCCAGUCCCUCUUCUCCAGGAAUAACUCGGAGGCCCAAACCAUGGUCCAGUUAGACUUUUGUGAGCCUGAGGCCUUUGAGAAUGUCCUGAAUUAUGUAUAUUCUUCAUCUCUGUUUGUGGACAAAGGCAGUCUGGCAGCCAUUCAGGAGCUUGGAUACAGUUUAGGAAUCCCUUUUCUGACUAACAUCAUGUCAACCAGGCCUCAGGUUUCCUACAGCAUCUCCAGAAAGAGGACGUCCUUUUCUGAGGAGGAUGAUAAUCGCUACCAGAAGAGGAGCGUCAUCGUUUGCCAGAGUAGCAGCAAUCAGCCCACCUCUAGUUCCUCCCAUUUCAAAGGCCUAAAUCGUAACGGAAAACCAGCAUCAGUCCAGGCACCCCUUGUGACACAUGAACAUGGUUUGUCUGCAAGAGGCCUGUGUAAGUCUUCAGAAUAUGACCGCCCACGAGAUGCAUUGAGGAAAACAACAUCCAGCCAUAGAAGUUCUAUCGAAACCACAGGGAGCCAAGACAAUAGAUCUAGUGCACCAGACACCUUCGUCAGAGGGAAGGCUGUGGACUUAGUGUCCACUCGACCACAGUUAACCUCUUCGGUUUCCCUCAGUGAGUCUCAAAUCCAGCACAGCAGCGUACAGGCAGGCACUGUAAUUGCUAAAGAGGAACCGGUAACUCCACUUUAUAACCCCAAACAGCCAUUUACUGGCCAAAUAAGUGAAUCGAGCCAGACCGUUGACCGAAGUGGACCACUCAUAAAAAGCCUUCUGCGCAGAUCCCUGUCAAUGGACAGCCCUGUUCCAGUGUUCUCCCCAGCUUUGGAGCUCAGUAAAGAGCAAAGUCGAGUACAGUCUGUAGUCAAAAUGGCCUCACAAAAAACAACCGACACGGACCUCACAGAGCAAAGGCAUCAAAAUUCAACUGCGACUGCGCCACUCAGUUCUACAUCCAGGAACUAUUAUAAGUAUGAUGAGGAAGAUGUUCAUAAAACUGAGGUCCAUGUAAAAACAGAACCUAGUAGCCCGCUAGCAGAUCCUUCUGAUAUCAUCCGGAUUACAGUUGGUGAUAGUUUACCAGUUAACUUCAAAGAUUUCAAUUUUGAUGAAGGGCCCAAAGGAUUUUUUAAACAUUCUGGGAAAAGAAAAGCUAGACUUGAAAGUAGAAGGAAUCAGUUAAAAAAGUCCAGGGGUGGUAGUGAAUCUGACUUUGCAACUAGUGAUAACGCACAGACUACUUCACCUCAUAAUUCUGACUUGAAUGACGAGAGUGAGUUGGGACAAUCAAGGCAGAGCAAAAUGUUUAAGUGCUGGAAUUGUUUAAAGGUAUUCCGGUCAAAUGCCGGACUCUAUCGUCAUGUGAAUAUGUAUCAUAACCCGGAGAAGCCCUAUUCCUGUGGCAUUUGUCAUAAGCGAUUCCACACAAACUUCAAAGUAUGGACCCAUUGCCAGACGCAGCAUGGCAUCAUGCAGAACCCAGCUCCAUCCUCCAGCUCAUACACAGUAUUGGAUGAGAAGUUUCAAAGGAAGCUGAUUGACAUUGUUCGAGAGAGGGAAAUUAAAAAAGCCCUAAUCAUGAAACUCAGGAGAAACAAGCAGGGAACGCUACAGUCUCAGUCAUUUAACAAGAGGGGUCUGAGAACAUGGUCCAAAAGCUACAUGUGCCCUUAUUGCGGAAAAUUUUUUUUGUUUCAGUCUCAGUUCAAGCAGCAUCUCAAGAUGCACCCUUGUGAGAAAAUGGAUUCUCAGACAGAAAGGGAGGACGCUCUGACCCAAAAGGAGGACGAGGUAGCACAUUUAAAAGAGAAAAACAAAGAUGUGUACCCUUGCAGGCUUUGCAACGAGAAGUUGUCAUCGUUAUUCGAGCAGGGAGAUCAUGAGAGGGGGUGCCGUCAUGCAACCGUCUGCCCAUACUGUGGCCUUCGGUUCUCAAGCCCAGUAGUGAAGAUGGAACAUGAGACCCAUUGUGAGUAUAAGAAGCUAACAUGUCUGGAAUGUAUGCGCACGUUCAAAUCCUCCUUCAGUAUUUGGCGGCACCAAGUCGAGGUUCACAAUCAGAAUAUAAUGAAUGUAAAGGAACAGCUGACCCUCGGCGUUCAGGAUGGUGGCAGCAAAGUGUCAGAUCUCAUCGGUGUCGGGGCCUCCAAAGAAGACGUCACCUUCAGCGACUCCUCGGGGCCGGCCAUGUUUGAUUCGGAAGAGUCAUCCUUCAUGCCAGAAGAUCUAAGUGCUUCCCAAGAACCAGGAGAGCUGAGGGUGAAGGAAGAGCCAGAAGAGGAGGCAGUGGACGAGCGGGCAAGACGGGUAUCUGUUGAGAUGCCUGUGGAGGAAUCUGGUGUGUGGCCGUGUGAGAAGUGCGGCAAACUGUUCAGUGCCCACAAGCAGCUAGAGCGCCAUCAGGAGCUGCUAUGCCACAUCAAGCCCUUCAUCUGCCACAUCUGCAAUAAAGCCUUCAGGACCAACUUCCGCCUCUGGAGUCAUUUCCAGUCCCACAUGACCGCUCCAGAGGAGCCGCCAACCAGGGAGUGCGCAGAUCGACGCAUGUCCUCUCCCUGCCCGUCUCCACCUCCAUCCUUGCCGGUAGCUGGACCUGCGGCUCCUCAAGCAGAGUCACCAAAACCGGCCUCACCUGGAGCAGAGCCAGCUACUUCGGCACACUCCGUCUCACAGAUUCCUGAGCAAAAUAAGAAAGAUGGCAGCGUUCCCCCAAUGGGAGACACCGCUGAUAAGCCCCUCACUCCUCAGGAAUCAGACACCCUAUUCUACCACGCACCUACCCUCUCAGCCCUGACCUUUAAAAGGCAAUACAUGUGCAAGCUUUGUCACAGAACCUUUAAGACAGCUUUCAGCCUGUGGAGCCAUGAGCAGAGCCACACUAAUCCUUGACUGUUUACCAGGCUUCUGAGAUCUGACCGUAGGUAGGUUUCUGGAUACAUGCAGCAGCUUUGGCAGUCAUAUGAUGAAUUUGAAAGCUUUUAAGAUGAUAUUGUUGAAAAUCCUGACACUUAAGUUCUGUUUAAGGUUGGAAAGGCUUUGUUUGACUUUUUGUUAGUAUGUUCAAGCAAAGGUCCAUGAGUUUAAAUCUGGUUACUUCGUUUACAGCAAUAAGAGUGUCCUAAAUAUCUUGAUCUUUUUCUCAAAAUAAUGGGAAAAGCAUCAUCAUUUUGUACUAGCCUCACAGUAGUGCUUUAAAUUCAAAAUACUAUCUGGAACUAUUUGAUCUUUUAGUUGAGAGUAUGCUUUAGGAACAAAACUUUGGUUGCUAAAUUCAUUUCUUUAACUUAAAUCCGAAGGGGAAGCAAAGAUUUUUAAACCAAAUCAUAUAAUAAUCAUAUAAUGGAUUAUUUCAAGCUGCCUUUUGCUUUUAUUGUCUUUUUUGCUGGCAAGUUUGUGGUUGGCUUACCACCAAAACUUAUCAUCACCAUGCUACAGGUGUUUAAAGGUUGGCGUCUUCCGUGGCAGUUGAAUGUAGUCUGGCGGUUGCAGUUAAUUUGUACAUUUUGCUUGCCUCCAAGUCCCUCUUCCUGUGUCAUAAUUUGCCUUGAAAAGUCAGAAAUCAAGCGCCUGAGUUACAUGUAACUCUACUUGUUAUAGCCUAUUAUUAUUAUUAUUAUUAUUAUUUUAAUUUCAUACAAGAAAGUGCUUUAAUCAUUGCAACUUAAUAUUGAUUAAGUGCUCUUGCAAAUUAACAAUUGUCUCGGGUCGUGUAAAGAUUUUUACAAAAUAGUUUUUGCUAUUUCUGAAUAGCAGUCUUAGCUCUGUGGAAGAAUUGGCACUUUUUAGCAAUCUGAAAAAGCCAUUACAUGUUGAACAGUAAAUACCGUAUCAUGUUCAAUAUUUAUUGUAUAUUUUGUGUGCUGACAGAAAUCCCAGAUACUUGUACAGAAGAAAUGACUCUUUUUGGCAGUUAUUAUUUAGCUUUAGUUAUUUUGAGGAUAUUGGCUGUCAUAGAAAAUUUUUAAUUAGAAUCGCCAAAUAAAUUCUUCUUGGAAUGUUUUUUUCUGGAGGGUAUACAUCCCAUGAAGUAAUUUAUUCAAUUAACCUGUCAGAAUGUGAUUUUACUUCUGAAUAUUAGCAUGAUAUAUUUACAUAAAUGUACUCAAAAUAUGUAAUUUGGCUAAAAUGAGCUGUUGGCUUCAAAAUAAAAGGAGGAUGUUAAUUUCUAAAUGGAAAAAUUAUACAGCUGAUUGUGUAUGUGCAAGAGAGUAUGACAUCACCGUAAAUUAACUCCCUGUACAACCUUUGGGGUUACUUUGACACAUUCCAUUUCAAUGAAUUAUGACAAACCUGUUUUGCUUUGAGACAGUUCUACUUCACUUAUUUACCAUAAAGUAAUAAAUAGUGCCUUAGAUUUUAAUUUGCGGACAUUUUGUGGAGUGGGAUAUUAUAGAAGACUGUUCCUCCUAAGCUUUUUCUAUUCCAUAACAAUAACUACAGGAAUUUAAUGAUUAUUAUUAUUUUUUUUUGCAAUUUGCACAAACUGAGAAACGCAUAAAUAUGUUUCCAUAUUGGCUGGCUCAUUCAUGUACUACAGCUUGAAUUGUUUUUAAAUGCCUAUUGCAUUUAAUGGAAUAUAAUCUUUGAUUGUGUUCCUAAACAAAAAAAUGUAAAGCCAUUCAGACAAGUAGCUAUAAUUAAUUCAGUAUUGAGUUGGUGGGCUUACAUUGGAUUUUCCUAUUUUUGGCUAUACUGUACCUGAGCAGCAACUGACCUCAAAAAUUGAUAAAAUUAGGAUCACACACAUGCCAAUUUAUGCCAUAUGUCGUGUUCUUUUGUAAACCAUUCAAUCUGAUUUGCUUUGUGUACUUUCCUAAUGAGUGGUGUAGAUCUCUUAGCACUUAUAUAUAUAUAUAUAUUUGUGGGUCUGUUGCUUUAAUUCUAUUCAUAUUUACAUUUAUAAAGUCCUGUUCUACAGAUUUUUUUUAAAUUGCAUUUGUAUGCAAGUGUUUAUUAUGAGGUCCUGAAUCAAGUAAUUCUUAAGAUUGAUACUGAUUAAAAGAAGCAUGUAUAAUACAUAGAUUUGUAAUAUAUUUGUUUUUACUUGGACUAAUUUAUACAGGUGUGGAGAGCUCUGUUUUCUCUCAAAUGUAACAGGAUGGUGUAAAAUUGGUAUGCCUUAGAGUGACAGUGCCCGGGUUUUUGGAGGGAGAGUUUUUGCCCAAGCAACCCAUUGAAGAGCUUGAAUCCAGAAUGAUUGCAAGUUAAACAUACAUACAGAAACCAGUUCAUUAUUUUUAUUUAUUUUUAUCUUUUUUUGGAACUGAUGUGAAAUAUUGUUAAUCAAGUUUGUACCUCAGUAUACUUCUGGUGCAAAUUGUCAUGUCAGGCAUUAAUGUUUGUAUCCUGCACAAUGAAUUUUGCAAAUGUCAUGCCUUGGACACAUAUACAGGAUGUACAGUUCAAUUUGUACUUAUUUCCUUGAAUGUACCAACCUGUAAAUUUUUUUUCUGUGGAUUUUGAAGUUGAACAGUGAGCUACAGGUUACCCCUGAUGUUAGAAAUAAUUUACAGUGUCUCGACCUAAGCGAAUAUGUCAGUUUUCAGAGAUAUUUGAAAUAUUUUGAUGUUAAUUUAAUCAGUGUAAAUGAUCAAUUACAGUUGUAUUUGUAAUAGGCUAUUCUGAUGUAUUUUGAGUCUACUCCGAAAGACACUGAAUGGAUAGAUGGAUACUUUUUUUAAGCAAUGCAUAUGACAGCAUUUGUACAACCUUCAGUUUUCCAGGUGUGUGUUCUUUUCCUCUAAAAUAACUCUUUGGUUGUACUGUAGUAUCACUGCAAUAAUUUUAAUAUUUGUAAUACUACAAAUUGUAAUACCGUGGCUUCAGAAUUGGCACCAGUUUGUCUUAGUGCUUAUUUUCUACUGUUUGUGUGCUUUGUUUCUUAGCUACUGAAAUAAAAGAGUGUCUGUUAUGUA